CAGUCUUAGUACAACCAAAAACAUUGAAAGUGACGUGUUGUUGUGUUAUUAUUUUUUUAGAAUGCAAAUGAGAGAACAGCUUAUCCACAACAAAAUGUUAUUUCUGCUGCAUCCAAUUAACCUUCCACUAAUCCAUCGAGGAGGCUUGUGCGGCCAACAGUUGAUCACAGUCAAAUAUAGGCUAUCAAAGUGUGGAAAGUCGCUCUGGAUGUGCUUGCGAGUAUCAAAGUCGGCUAAAAAUAGAAGCGAUAAGAGUAAUAAUGGUACACAGCAGGACUACUCGUAUCCUGAAAGAUAUAAAAGUCCUCCUCACAUUAACAGGCAUCAGUUGUGUUAAGAACUGUUUUGUGUAACUGAUGCAAAUUUGUGUUGCAUCAGUUGGAAAAUGUACUGCAUUUAUUCCUCGGACAGUAAGAUUACUGUUCAGCACAUGCACACAUGGAGGAGGGGGAGAGACAGUCAGAAAGAGACUAAGGCGAUUAGGAGGCUUCUCUCGAAACAGUGCCCAUGCAUUUCCGAUGGAAGUCCUUCAUCCUCACUUUGAACUAUUGGUGAAUUCUCCAACAACAGUCAGAUUGGUUCACAGAGCAAGUCAAGUGAGGAAAAAUGGGAUAGUUUUGGUGAAAAAAAACAAGCUUUGGUAUGUAUAUUAUAAUCAGAAACUGGUUCUUGAAGAGCAGCAGAUAUGAUAUGGAAAAGAUUAUUCUAAAAGGUCUAUGACUUCUGGUUCUUCAUUUCUUGUGUCAAUGACUGGAGUUUAGGAUUGCCAUUCAUUAUGUGACGGUCUCAUUCUGGAUCCUACAAGAUUUUUGUUUUUGUGUUCCACCUGUCGGACAGUUAAAUGGUGCUAAUAACUGAGAAUGGUGUUGCAGGAGGUGUACUUCCGGUCAAAGAUCACCAAUAUGGCACCAGUGUCAACCAAGCAAGAGGCUGGAACAAUGAGGAGUCCUCCAUACAGAGCUCCACUAUUGCGGAGCCAACAGAGGACUCUUAUUAUGCAGAUGAUGAAGACCACCAUCUUUCUGAUGAUGAUGAUGAUGAUGACGACGACAUCUACCAAGAAUUUGAGGAGUUGGACUUUUCAAAACUACCGGAUAGCAAGAGCAUUUUGUCGGACGAUUCCUUCUACCCACCUGAUGAUUCGCUCAACUUCGAAAAAUGUCUGAGUCCUGAGAGCCCUGAGCCACUCAGCUUCUUCAAAGCAUGCUGCACUAACAAUGCCAUCAUUGUCAAAAUCCUGAUAAGACAAGGGGUGACGGAGGAGGAGGUGCGAGAGGUGGACAAAAAUAACAGAACAGGUCUGAUAGUGGCGUGUUACCAGGGCUAUGUGGAUGUGGUCAUUGCACUUUCUCAGUGUCCACAUAUUGACGUGAACUGGCAGGAUAAUGAAGGGAAUACUGCUCUCAUGACUGCUGCACAAGCAGGCCACAGUAUGAUUACCAACUACCUGCUGAACUAUUUUCCCGGGCUUGACACUGAACGCAGGAACUGCCAUGGCUUCACUGCGAUGAUGAAAGCGGCCAUUCAGGGUCGAGCCGAAUGCGUGCGGUCUCUCAUGAUGACAGGAGGAGACAUUGAAGCAAGGGACUUUGGCCGUAAGCAGACCCCACAUGAAUGGGCCACGUUCACGGGCCGCUACGAGACCGCCAAACUGAUGUCCCGACUGAUGGAACAGCCUUGUGCUGAACAGUUCUGUGACUCUUAUCACAUGGAGUGGCCUAUGCUAAGCGAACUGGUGGCUCGAUCAAAAGAGCCCAAGUCCUGCUUGAGGAAGUUCUCAGAGUGUGUCAGUAACUUGCUCUCCAUCAGCAUGAAGACCAACCCCGUAGAGGAAGGUGUCAUGGACUAUAUGGUGCGCAUGACCACGGCGCUGGCCAGCCCGCUCAUAGCCACCGCCUGCCACACUGUGUGCCCGGGCAGCCCUCCGUGUGUUGGAAAACGCCGCCCUGCCGUACAGGACAUCCUCCGCAGACAGCGUCUGGCUGAACUGAAGAACCUGGGGCCCGAGCGCCUCAACAACUACAAGCGGCUCUUCCAGAACUCCAGGGUCCUGCUGGUGCCGAAGAAGCAGGAGCGGCGCGCCAGUCUGCAGCCACAGUUACUGCAAAGUGUAGCGAUGGCCUCCACCAUGGCCCUGAGGAGAAGUAGCCUGCUGCCCCUACACUUGAUGCGCAGAAGCAGUGUGCGUCCUGGAGUAGUGGUGCCUAAAGUCAUGCUGUGUAAAGCUCCUGCCCCUGCAUUCAUACCGGAGCGUCCGCCUAGCAGGACUUCAAAAGACCCAUUACACCUACAGAUCCCUAAAUGGAGGUACAAAGCUCUGAAGGAGGAGAAGAAGAAAGCUGAACAGAUGAAUAGGUUGAGAUUGCCUAUCGGGAGGAAAAAGUGAUGUGGCUUUUGAUGCCUUAGUGUUUUUUAAGGAUGUUUUCCUCUGUGAAGGCUUGUGGUCUGUGAGAGGGUCAGCAGUACAAAUCGUACACUCUAAUCUUUUAGGCUAGCCUGACGUCGUCAUUCUCAGAUUCUAGUCAGAAUGUGAGUCUGAUACUGCUCCAUUGGGCUGUGAUUAUGGGGCAUGUUUCAACCGAACCAGGAAAGAUAAUGCCUCUGCACUCAAUUGGAUAGACCUACAACCAACCAGAGCAACGGACAAAAUUCCAGCUUCCGAAAAGAAGCUGGC